GCAGCCUGCCUGCGCUCAGGGUUUACUACACCACAGACAGGUGUGACUUCAUCUGAAUGAGGACUGAAUGAGAUUUACACAAACCAGCAUCUGUAGUUUAUCCUGAGCUCUGUGAGGUGUCAGCUGCCUCUCAGCCUUCUGUUCCACUCUCAGUCCAUUCAGAAGUUUAAGAUCUUUGGUGGCAACUUGAGAGAGUACUGUUCUGUUGGACCUCUUGUAUCUGUGGUGAUACAUUAGGGUAGCGUCUGCAUUGGAACAGCAGCUAUGGAAAGAAGCAUGAAUUUUGACGAGAUUCUUUCUCAUAUCGGUGGCUUUGGCAAGUUCCAGAAGAUCCUGUAUGUGUGGAUUUGCCUCCCCCAGAUCCUUCUGGCGUUCCACAUGCUGAUAUCCGUCUUCACGGGGGCCGUCCCCCCUCAUCUCUGUCGCUCCACCAACACCACCUGGCCCUUGGCCGCCAGCUCAGGCGCAUCCAACUUCAACUUCAGCCUGGUGACGGGCCCAGAUGGUGACCCUGACCUGUCCUGCUCUGCCCCUGGGGGGGUUCCUGGCACCCCGCUAGCCCAGUUGAAUCACAGCACCGCCCUGGCCCUUAGCGAUGGCCACGACACCGGGGGUUGCCGAGGGAGAUGGGAAUUCAGCAAGGAGACCUUCCAAAGCACCGUGGCAACCGAGUGGGAUCUGGUGUGUGAAAAUGCCAAUCUGAACAACAUUGGUUCCUCAAUCUACAUGUUUGGUCUUCUGGUUGGCGCUGUGCUGUUUGGUUCCUUAGCUGAUAAGUUUGGACGCAGGAACAUAAUCCUGGUUGGUUUGGCUAUUCAGUCAACCUUUGGGGUUGGUGCUGCUUUCGCCCCAAAUUUCUACAUUUAUGUCUUUCUGCGCUUUGUGGUUGGAACCACUAUUUCUGCUGUCAUCAUGAACGCAUUUGUUUUAGGCACAGAGUGGACAGGAUCAAAGCACCGGAUGCUAGCUGGGAUCAUCACCGACUACUUCUUUGGGUUUGGCUACAUCACCCUGGCAGGCCUGGCCUACCUCAUCAGAGACUGGCGCAAGCUCCAGCUGGCCAUCUCAGCACCAGGCUUCCUCUUCAUCUUCUACAUCUGGGCCCUACCGAAGUCGGCUCGGUGGCUAAUGGCCAACCAGAGGAACGAGGAGGCCAUGAAUCUGAUCAGGAAAGCUGCUCUGAUGAACGGCAAACCCCUGCAGGAGGACACAGAGAUAUGUCAGGGGUACAAAGACAUGGUGAAGAUGGAGGAGAGGGAAAAAUACACAGUCAUUGAUCUGGUCCGUACACCAAGAAUGAGGAGGAAUUCUUUGAUCAUGUUUUACCUGUGGUUUGUCAACGUGCUGGUCUAUUACGGCCUGUCCCUGAACAUCUCUGACUUUGGGAUGAACAUCUACCUGACCCAGCUGAUCUUUGGCCUGGUGGAGAUGCCCGCCCGGACCAUCACCCUCUUUACCCUGAACCGCUCCAGGAGGAUAUCCCAGCUAGCCUUCCUUGCUGUGGGAGGCCUAGCCUGCCUGCUAACCGUCUUCAUUCCUGAUGAUCUCUCCAUUAUUAGAACUGUCCUGGCUAUGGUGGGGAAGUUUGGGAUCACCGCCUCCUUGUCCAUCGUCUACGUCUACUCAGCAGAGAUCUUCCCGACUGUCAUAAGGCAGAGUGGGAUUGGUAUGGGCUCCAUGUGUGCCCGGGCAGGGGGAGUCCUGGCUCCCAUCAUUUACCUGCUGAGGGGUGUCAGUAAGAAUGCUCCCAUGGUUCUGUUUGGCCUGUGUACUCUGCUAGGGGCAGCCCUCACCCUGCUGCUGCCUGAGACAGCCCACCAGCCCCUGGCUGACACCAUUGAGGAUGUAGAGGGAUCCAGCAUCAGUGAGGACUCAGAGGAAGGGAACAUGAAGCCAGCCCUCUAUGAAGAAUGUCCAACAAGAAACCCAGACAUCAUAAACUGAAGAACUAGGAGUGGGACAAGGCACCAGUCCGCACUGAUACUUUGAGACCUGUGGUACUGUCAUCUGGAGUACUUCUAAGGGAAAAUAUCAUUCCUCCAAGGAACUCAACUGUGCAUUGUAAGAUAUCUGCUAAGAGUGUUUGAACACUUGUAAAGCUAUUUCCUAUUUCGUACAUAAGACAUUGAUGUCACUGAACUGACAUUUUAUACAGUUUUGUUUUAUAUACAUUUUUUAAUUUGUUUUGAAAAUAUGUACUAUAUAUUGAUGUUUUACUGUGACUAUCAGUUCACAUUUUGAUUGAUAAUAAAGUACAGUAGUAAAUGUUCAUUUAUGCACCAAAUAUCCAUUUAUCAGAUUCUGUAAAUACUGUCAUGGACACACGAAUGCCUUACUGUUCAUCAUGCAUUGUGAUUUCGUAUAAAGUGCCCACACUGUGAACGAGCAUAGAUAACAAAUUAUGCAAACUAUCACACAUAUGCAAGAUGAAUUGCUAACUCUUUUUUUCUAUUUGAUAAUAUAAUUUUUUUUACUUGGUGGAUUCUGUAUUUGACAUUCCUAACUCUCAAUUUUAGAAGUGAAUGUGUUUGAAGUUGAUGUUGAUCUGUGAUCAUAAUGAGUCUUUUAAAAGUGUGCACUCUCCAGCACAGCAGGCUAUAGGACAACUGCUCCACAGAAUGUUUGUUAGAAAAUCAUGUUGAAAUACUAGCCAUCUGCUGGCAGCCUCCUACCAGCCAAGGUGUGAAAACAGCCAUGGAAUCUCAAGCGCCCAUGUAACGGAGUUAAGAACGUACCAUAAACUCACCCCACAGCAAGCUUGAAAUGUUGCGGAUGGAACUAUCGAAUAAGAUAUUUUUCGGUGGAACGUUGUCUCGGAGGAUGGUGACGUGUGUUGCGAAGCAGAGGAUCACUGGUUCGACUCGCGGCAGUCGGACACUGGAGGAAGCUAAGCUGUUAGCAGCACACAGACGCCCCAGUACACCCAGUGUCAGCUCCAAGAUUACCCAGUUACAGGUCUCUAUAGGGUCAGCAGAUGAGCUGUGGUGUCUGUAACAAGCACUUAUACAAGACAAGGAUGCCCUUAUACAAGACAAAGAUGCCCUUAUACAAGACAAAGAUGCCCUUAUACAAGACAAAUAUGCCCUUAUACAAGACAAAGAUCCCCUUAUACAAGACAAGGAUGCCCUUAUACAAGACAAUGAUGCCCUUAUACAAGACAAGGAUGGAUGGAUUGAAUGAUAAACAGUUAUGACAGCGUUACUCCAAGUUAGGAAGCCCACUCUUCAUUUACAUUACAUUAUUAACAUUUCAGCUGAAGGCUUUCAUUCUGAGCGCUUACAGUUAGUGUAUAAAGUACACUGAACCGCAGCAAUAACACCAGAGAGACAGAUCCAAGUUUGAGAACUUUCACAUCAAGUGGAGAAGAAUAGAAGACUAAAGUUAUGACAUGCUCUCUCUGUGGUACUUUGGGUGGAUCUUAUUAUUGUUAUUACAGUGGAUGAUUUGACAUGCAUCAAUUGUUCAGUUGUCAUUGUAAGGCUUAGGAGAGCAAAGCCACAAAUGUUUUGGAUGAAACACAGGGUUUGCCUUACAGUCAUGUAACCAACCGACUGUAAUAGGCCUAUAUGUUUAGUAACAUUGGUCAACAGGAGCCCGUAUGUGUUGUGUUAGUGAUCACUGCCACUCUCUGGAGGAAAGUGGUACUUGCUUCUUGUCUGACAUCAGCUGCUUUAUGUAAGUACUGUAAUGGGGCACAAGCAUGAUUACCACAGAGAUUGUGUUACAACAUGUGCAUUUCCUGAUUCUGUAGAAUCAGAACUUUUAUACAUUACCCAUAAUACACUUGUACAUAUGUAUUACAAAUUUACAAAACCAAAGUAUAACUGGGAAGUUAUCCAUGAUGUGAUAAUAAAAAAAUAAUACAUUG